AUGCCAGCUCUCACACCCGCCACAGUCAAGCUGAAGUCGACUCUGCGUCUCCUCAUCCCUCGUCUCCGAAAUGCACAGAAGAAAGACACAGCCCUCUCCGUCGCUGCCCGGCGCGAGAUGGCCGACCUCCUAGCCACAAAUCGGGAAGCCUCUGCCCGGAUACGCGUCGAGAACAUCAUACACACUGACAUUACAGUCGAGCUGAUGGAGAUCCUCGAGCUGUACGCCGAACUGCUGCUUGCAAGAAGUGCCAUGCUCGAUCUACGGGACAAGCUGCUGAAGGAAGGUGGUGACAACGCAGACGAAACACAGGCUACAGGGUUGGAAGAGGCGGCAGCAAGUCUGGUCUACGCUGCACCGCGGCUGCCGAGGGACAUCAAAGAGUUGGGGCUGGUGAGGAACUUGCUGAUCGAGCGAUUCGGGAAAGAGUGGACUGUCAAAGUGUCGGAAAAUGCAGAGGGCGAAAUGGUGCCGAAACGAGUCACUGAGAAAUUGAAGAUGGACGUGCCCAAGGAGGCGUUGGUGCAGGCAUAUCUGGAAGAGAUCGCUCGGAGCUACGCCGUUGACUGGCCACGGAGGAAUUACGAGCUUGAGAAUGCACGUGAUGAGGUAGAUGACGAGGACGACGAUGACGGUGGGCCCAAAGAGCAGCCUAUCCUCGCCGAUGGCGCACAGUCAGUCUCUACUCCUUCGAAAGCGCCUGGCAAAGUCGAUCUCAGCAAUCUCAACUCCGUCAGUGCGACGCCGCCGAAGGGUCUGGACCCGGAAGGAGCACGAAGUCCUGUCAGUGUGGCGCCUCCUGGUGCGAGAACCGACAACCCGACGCCGUCCGUCAAGUUGCCAGGUGGUGGAACGGCGGCGCCGAAGAAGUCGAGUGCAGCGAAUGCUUCGAAGGGAUCGGGUGCGGCGAAAGCUGGAGGUCCUGGAGGUAGCGUACCGACUGUGGAUGAUCUGGCCAAACGAUUCUCGGCGUUGAAGAGAUGA